AUGUCCACCCCCACUCCCGAGGGUACUUUCCGCUUGACUUCUGUCUCCGUGCGCGAACUGGAUGUGACAGAACAGGACCCGUUCAGCACCCUCUCAUUCCCGAUAAAAAUGAGCGCUGACCUACACCGGGUGCUGGGCGAAGCUGGGCGGGUGUUUGUGUGCGAGGGGGUCCGCGAGAGUCAUCUGCCGGGUGAUGUCCGCGGUAGCUUCGGGAGCUACGUUACGCGGUCUAUUCGAGUCCUCCGGAAGGACCAGGCAGUGGAAGUGGCGGCCCUGGGUGUAAUCAACUCCGUCGGCGGGGAAGAGGCCGGGACCCUGCACUCCGUUUGCGGACCUCAUGGCGAAGAGUUUGUCCUGUACUCCACGAAGUACGUCUGUUUCGAGACGGCUGUCACGCAGAUCCCGUUUGUUUGCGCCGCGUGCCUGUCGUUCCGCAAGCGGGGAGUCGUGGAGUGGCUGCGGAAGCGAAGUGAGCCCGUGGACCAGCGGACAAACAACAGGUUCCUCAGCACCCCCCAACAGGUCGACAAGCUUCGCGAGCUGAGCAAAGACAAGAAGGGAAUGCGCAUGCAGUUGCACCGCGCUAAGCUGGCUAAGUGCCGCGAGGAUGACAUCAUCAUCCCCGCAGAGGAAGAUCAAGGGCAGCAGCUCUUCGAUCUCUUGCAGCACGACGACAUCCAGAACAAGGGAGAGCGGCUGUGCAACCAAAACGAUGCCAUAUCCGCCUCCAUCACUACAACCUGCGUACGUUUCGGAACCUCCCUCUCCCAGGACAACUACGAGUGGAACAGGGUGAACGGCUCGAAGAAGGGGUGGCGCUACAACCCCAAGGUACUGCGCUGGGCUCUGUACGCCAUGCACAGGUGCGGGUCUUCGGCAUACGAGGUGCUUCGUGAAGUCCUCCAUCUCCCGGACCCGCGCCACGUCCGGAAAAUCGGCAUGAAAACCGAUCCUAUCUCUGCCGGGAUCCAGCACCACAACAUCAAAGUGAGGAGUGUGGGGAGUGGUGGGAUUCCGCCGCAGCAGCCUCCCAUUUGGUGCAGGCGCACGGCAAGCUCGCCGCGGCGAGACGGGGCGGCGAAACACGACCUUCCGUGGAAGUCGAGGAACCUCGCCAAGGUCUGCGUUGAUCCAGAGACCGGCGGCUACGAGCUCGUGGAGUUUUCGCUCAAGACGCUGGAGAAAGUGUGGUACACGGAGGAGAAGGGGGGGGGAAAGUGGUUGCUGGAGGAGAAAACUGCGCAGCUUACGCGGUACUCCAAGGUGGUGUCCGAGCAGUUCAACCGGAGCGGCUUCAACUGCAUGAGCGUGCGGCUCGCGGUCAAGAGUCUCUCCGCCACCGCGGUUCGGAUGUGCAACGACGCCAACGCCAAGCUGGUCCGUAGUGGCCAGAAGCCCGACCUCUCCAUCGCGUGCUACGCCGAGAUGGCGCGGCAAGUCAACGAUUUCGUGGACAUCAUGAAUGGCAAGUGCGCGUACAACCGCGACCCGAUCGACGUGAGCAAGAGGAUCGACAUCCGGAAGAGCUGCAUCACCUCCAAGGACAGCCCUCUCCUGGACCGACUGCUGGAGAUUCUAGAGUGGUUCGAUACAUGGUGGCAAGAUCUGAACCUGUUCGGCGGCAGCGACCUGGCCCUCGACGACCUCUUCCUCCCCGACCAGACUUGGGACGACUUGCGACUCACCAUCCUCGGAUUCGUAGCGAUGACUCGCUACGUCUUCGGAGACGAUGACUGGGUGACCGAGGGAUCGCGUGGACGAUACAAGUUUAUGCGAGACUGGAACCAGGCAAGUGACACCUGCGAGAAAAGGUUCGGCCACAUCAGGGCCAAUCAGGGAUGUCACAAGAAUCCCCGCAAGGAGUCUGCCUUCGCCGCGGGUCACCGCGCGGAUGUAGUCAGAAAGGCUCAGAUGUCCAAGCGUCGCGACUCGGACCGUGGUAAAGACGCUUUCAAGCUAGACAUGGUUAGCGCGGCAGCCGAAGCUACACUGCCGGUGAACGAGCAACAACGCAGAUAUCCGAUGAGGGCAGAGGGGGCGGGCAGGGCUGGCUUCGUCCGCGAGGCGAGGAGUUUGCGCCGCCAGAGUUGA